GCUGUUCAAGAAUCGUACCAUUUUGAACAAAAUCACGAAUGCGCAAUCCUCCAAAGCCCAAAAAACCAGGCAUCAUCAUCAUUUCGAAUCUGCGGUGAAGUCCAUUUUCAACGUGGUUGCUUUUAAAUUAUUAAAUGUAAGAAAGUGCAAAUAUGGCACCGCGUAAAGGCAAAGUGCAGAAGGAGGAAGUGCAAGUUUCGUUGGGGCCACAAGUGAAAAACGGAGAAGAUGUAUUCGGUGUAGCCCAUAUUUUCGCUAGUUUUAACGAUACGUUUGUUCACGUAACUGAUUUAUCCGGAAGAGAAACAAUCGCUCGUGUUACUGGAGGUAUGAAAGUCAAAGCUGAUAGAGAUGAAGCUUCUCCAUACGCUGCUAUGUUAGCUGCUCAAGAUGUCGCUGAAAAAUGUAAAACAUUGGGAAUCACAGCUUUACAUAUUAAGUUGAGAGCAACUGGUGGCAACAAAACGAAAACCCCCGGUCCCGGUGCUCAGUCGGCAUUACGCGCUUUGGCCAGAUCUGGCAUGAGAAUAGGCCGAAUUGAAGAUGUAACUCCAAUUCCAUCUGAUGCUACGCGAAGAAAGGGCGGUAGAAGAGGUCGCAGAUUGUAAUUUGUUAUCGUAUUUUUUACUAAAUUUUAAUUGUACGAACAGAGUAAAUAAACACCUAAUUUACUUACAA